CUCCAAACCCAGAAGGAAGAAAAUAGAUGCUGUUACCAGUUCCCCCACCUGUGCCCCAACACUGGAGUGCUUUCUGCAGCCAGACCCUGCAGUCAGAGUGUGAGUCACUUCACAGCUCCUGCCUCAACUUUUCCAGCUAUAGCUGGGCCAGGAAUGCAGAAUAGGAAUGCCAGAGUUAUAAACAGAGGGGGCCACUGCAGGCUGAGCCAGGGAAGAGUCCAGGCCUUGGGACUCCCUCUCCACACCCGGCCUCCAGAAGCAGUCAGGGAGGCUUCUGAGAGCUCCAGGACUGGGUGUGUCCUCCAGACAUGGCCACCUCCGACUCCCCUCUGCCACUCACCACCAUGGUGACCAGUUCUGAGAACAGCAGCUCCUUCUAUGACUAUGAGUAUUACCUGGACGAGGCGGCCUUCAUGCUCUGCAGGAAGGAUGAGGUGCUGUCCUUUGGCAGAGUCUUUCUGCCUGUCUUCUACAGCCUGAUCUUCGUGUUGGGCCUGGGCGGGAACCUCCUUCUUCUCAUGGUCUUGCUCUGGUAUGUGCCUCGAAAGCGGAUGACGGAGACCUAUCUGCUGAACCUGGCCAUCUCCAACCUCCUGUUUGUGGUGACGCUGCCCUUCUGGGGCAUCUCUGUGGCCUGGCAUUGGGUCUUUGGGAGUUUCUUGUGCAAGAUGGUGAGCACCCUCUAUACCAUUAACUUCUACAGUGGCAUCUUCUUCAUUAGCUGCAUGAGCCUGGACAAGUACCUGGAGAUUGUGUGGGCUUGGCCCCACCACCAGCUGAGGACCCGGGCCAAGAGCCUGCUCCUUGUGACUGUCGUGUGGGCUGUGGCCCUGGCUGUCUCCAUCCCUGACAUGGUCUUUGUGAGGACACAUGAAAACCACCCGGAUGUGUGGGACUGCUAUGCGGAUUUCGGGGGGCAUGGGACCAUCUGGAAGCUCUUCCUCCGCUUCCAGCAGAACCUCCUGGGGUUUCUCCUCCCGCUCUUGGCCAUGACCUUCUUCUAUGCCCGCAUCGGCUGUGUCUUGGUCAGGCUGAGGCCCCCGGGUCAGGGCCGGGCUCUAAGGAUGGCUGUAGCCUUGGUGGUGGCCUUCUUUGUGCUGUGGUUCCCAUAUAACCUCACCUUGUUUCUGCACUCGCUGCUGGACCUGCAAGUCUUUGGGGACUGCAAGGUCAGCCAGCACCUGGACUACGGGCUGCAGGUGACAGAGAGCAUCGCCUUCCUCCACUGCUGCGUCACCCCCGUCCUCUACACUUUCUCCAGCCGCCGCUUCCGCCGGCACCUUAAGGCUCUCCUGGCCGCUGUGCUCAGGCGGCACCAGGCUCUUUACCUUGCCCAGGCCCCGCCGUCCAGCUAUUCUGAGAGCAGCAGGCUCACUGCCCAGGAAGAUGUAACCAGUAUGAAUGAUCUCGAAGGGAGGCAGGCUGAGGACGCCCCCAACAAGGAGAACGUGGGGAGUUCAGCCUGAUCGGCCACACCACAGUCUCUGAGAGCAGAUGGAACCCAGCUCAGUGGCACAUCCACCAAAGUCCUCCCUUCAAAGGCUUCGGUGACUCAGUUGCUAAGCGCGGUGGUCCCUUCUCGGUCCUCUGACACCAGCAGCGUUUGCUCACUCCUGCCUUCUCCCUUCCCGCUCCUCACCGCCCUCUAGGGGACUCUGUCUUGAUGGCUGAGUGGCUGCAGUCCUUCGCCAACUGCCCUCUGUGUUUCCAGUCCUCAUGCUCUCCUGUCAUCUCGUCUACACCCUGCAGCCAGGGCAAUCACGACCCCCUCAGCUGUCACUCCCAUCUCCCUCACAGUAGUCCGAGGCCUGCCACCCUCCAGGCUGCCCUCUUCCCUGUGGCUCAGAUGGGGAAAUAUUAUUGUGCUGUUGUGCAAUAUCACAGCCUUGAUGAUAGAUCCAGGGGCUGGCGGUCAAGAGGGGCUGGAGGUGCUCCACCUAUAGGAGAGUGUGGGUGGGUGGGAGGCAGAGUGAACAUGUGUUCCUGGUGGUCCCAGAGCAUGGGCUUCCCUCUGCCUCCCACACCCCCUCUCAGGAGCCCUCAGUGCUCCCUGGAGCCUGCACCGUCUAGUCCAGAAUCAUUGUCCACUUUUUAGGCUGGAGCUUUUCACAGUUAGAAUCCUAUACAGUUUCAUUCUUCUAUUCCUUUACCUCUGCUUUCAUGUCCUGGCUGCCAGGCACCCCUUGCAGUUUCCUGCCCAUUCCCAUCUCUGCUUCGGGCUUGCCAGCUUCCUCAAGGACAGAGAUCAUUUUCCAAUCAGGUAUUCACCUCACCUUUGUUGUGUAACUGAAUCCUCCUCCUUCUGGGAACCCGCUCCUUGGUUACUCUGCCUUGUGCUUGGUGGGUGUUGCGUAGAGCAUGGGUCAUCAGCCAGUUACGGCCUCACGUUUCCCUGACAUAGAGAUCCUCUUGGGAUGGGCACAUGAGCCAGGCAGAGUGGAAACUGAAGCUGAGGGAGUGUGAGGUCUGGAGCUGCUCCUUCCUCAGCUGAAACUUUAGAAGGUGAGCUGACAAAAGUGAGUGAGCAGACCCCAGGGCCCGUGCUCGAGCCCAGGAGCAAGGCAUGGCUUACAUGAACCAAUAAAUUCCCUCCUGGUUUGGGGUAGUGGUGUUUUGUUACUUGCAACCUAAGAACUCCUGCCAGAUACACCCUGCCUGGGUGCUUCAUGUCUCAAGGUCAGCAUCCUUCCUGCCCACUAACACAUCCCCUGAGAAACCUUGCCCCAGGGAGCCCCGGGCCCACAGCGGCAUCUCCUUCCUGUGCUUCUAGAGUGCUCACUGCUUUCCCACACCUCUUAGUACUGCUGGGCACAACCUGCCAUGUCUGUCAUGGAAAAUGCAGCACAGAACCUGGCAGACAGAAGUGCUCAGAAGGAAGCUUUUAGGUGGAUGGAACGGAGGCCAGAAGGACACACAGCUGGGUGAAUGGAAGUUCCAGUCUGCAGGUGUAAAAUUUGCAUUCCCUUUGCUUCAGCCAUGCUUGGAAUGUAGUAGGUGCUCACUAGGUUGGUGUGGGCUUUUUGUUUUGUUUUGUUUUGUUUUUUUUGUUUUUGGAAUGAGUAGCUGGUUGGAUAGAGAAUUGAGCAGGUGGUCAGUAUUCCUCCCACUCUUUUUUUGCCCUGGAAUGGUAUGGUCAUUGCACAUGUGUUAUUAGCGGGACUGUCCCUGGACUUUGCCUGAGUUGACCUGGCUGGUCUUCCCCUCUGUGUGCCCCCCACCUCCAGUCUCUCUCAGCUCUGGUGCCUUUAGUUCUUUCUCCUCAAGGCCCCAGAUUCCCCACUAGGAAGAAAGACUCUGAGCCCACACAGUUCCCUGGGAAGAGGAGAUCCUCUGAAUCUGAAGGUAGUGAUUUGUUUGAGGACGAUUUGUUUGAGGAUGAGGUUCAGUUUUAGAGCUCUUGAAAUCUUGCCCCACAGGGGACCUCUGUCCUGCCCACGUGGCAGCCGGAGCUGUGCCAACACAUCUGGGCAUCCAGCGUCCCCAACUUUGUGCUCAGGACAUACAGAGGGGAUGGGCAAGGUAUGCCAGGCAAGGGAGGACACAGUGUGUGUGUGGUGGGGUCGAUGUGCAUGUGUCUGUGUUGCUGUGUGUGUUGGAUAAGUACCUACGGCUGACCUACGACUGUGUAUGUGGGUCUGACAUGAGGGCUCACUGAGUCCACGUGGGUCUGGUGCGUGCCUGCAGAUUUCUGUGUGUUCCUGUGUGCCUCUCUCCAGCCGUGUGAGUGUGUGGGUGUGCUCUCCGCAAACACCAGGUAUGUGAGAAGUAGUGCCCUUAGUGCCCUGAUGCCUGUGCCCACAGAAGAGGAGAAGGCCUGGCUGCAGUUGACCCCUUGGUCCCUCUGACUGUCCCAGAUGCCCUACACUGCAGCUGACCACAGUGAGGACUCUGAUUGCAGCACAGUUUGUGAGAAGGUUUUCUGGUUGCACCUUCUCACAAACUGGUCAGGGAGAGAGUUGGAGGCAGGCCAGGGAAGUGUCCUCUCCAUCCCAACCUGACUUCCCAGCCUGGACCUUGGUCCCUCCUGCCAUUCUCUGCCUGCCCCAAGGCUUGGCUUCCCAUCUGCAUGGCCCAACAUACCUGUACUUUCUACCUGGGGUUUCCGGAAAGCCUCCAGGAUUCUCCUGGCUCUAGGACUCUGAGGCAGGGGAGACCCUUCUACCCAGGUGACCAAGGGAGGAGGGCAGGCAUGGCUCUGCUUGGGAACAGGGCUGCCCACCCCCACCUUGUGAAGUGUGCUGUGAGCGUCCACAGAGGUUAUUGCUUAUGGAAAAGUAUCUCUUUAUUUUUCCAGGUGCCUGCAGGUCCACCAUUGGCAUGCCAUCUCUGAUCUUCCUUUGUUAUAAGCUCCCCCCAGAGAGGAUAUACAUAGGGAGAAAAAUUUGGUGCAGAAAUGAGGGAUUGGCCAUAGAACUGGUGGGUGAGGACAGGCAGUGACUAGAUGCAUCCUUGAGGCCCUCAGUCUUUCUGCUGCCCCAAGCCCUGUGCCAGGGUGGGAAGGGUGCCCUUGUGGAGGUUGUGUACAGCAGUUCCCAUGCUGGGGGCGUAGAACUGUGGGUGUCAUGGGUCCCUCCCCUAGCAGGUGGGCGUGGGCCUCUACUGUGCAUACUAAUCCUAGCUGCUCACCACUGCCUGGGGCGCAUGUUGUUAUGGUGACCACCCCUGACUGUAGGAUGGCAUACUUAUCUUCAUCUCAUGCUUGACCCACUGAGGUGUCCCUCGGUCCCUGGCAGACUCUCAAACAGACCACAGGAUCCAUGACAUUUCUGGGACAUCUGCACAUGGUCAACUCUAGGUUGAGGUCUCUCGGUCCUGACUUAGUGGACUUGGGCCCUCAGCCCUGCCCCAGCCUGUCCACAAGCCAGGCUCCUGGUCCCUAGUCCUCUGAGUUAGGGGAAUGAGGGGAUGCAGCAGCUAGGUCCAGGCCAAGGCGGUAUGGGAGAGCCCUGUGUCUUUACCCUUGUUCCCACACUUGCUCUGGCACAGGGCCUGACUGUGUGAGAGAGAUUGUUGGUAAGCAUUCCAGUGAUGUCUUCCAGCCCCCUAUGCUCCCCCUUCCUCCCCUGUGCUCCCUCUGUGACUCUUCUCCUUGUGGGCCUGGCUUCUCCUGGCCAAUCAGAGCUCUAUCAGGCUUCAGGCAGAUGUCACCAUUUGGGGGCAUCUAGACCUGGAGAAAGGCAGGCCCCAGUCCAGAGUCACAUAGUUGUGAGAACAGACUGCUGCCCCCAGCCUGGCCCCUGCCCACUCUAAGAGCCUUGUUAUCCUAGAAAACUGGGGGCAAAACAGGCAACCUCAAGACAAAGGAAGAGGCCAGUCGGAGAUGUAGGGUUGGGGUGGCAGAGAGAAGCCCUCCUGGGUGGUGCCUGCAGGGGGUUCACACUGCCUGGGCCUCCCUCUCCGACCCUAUACCAACUCCCUCAGUCACUUCCCCUCCUGUUCCAGCACCAGCCAGGCCUUGCUGUCAGCCAGCUACAGUCCUGCAGCAGCACCCUUCACCCUCUCCCAGCCCUGGAAAGCAUGCCUGGCACCAGGGACUUUCCCAUUUCACAGGCUGGAGAGCUGAGUGAGGAUGGGAGGGCAAGGAAAUUAUUUGAAUGAAGUAAAUUAGCCAAGACUGGAAGAAGUCAGGUUUCUGUAAUUUACUCUGCAUUUAGGGAAUUGGGGUCGGAGAUAGAGGAAUAAGAUACCACUCCCUGUGGGCCCCAGUCUAGAGCAGAGGGCAGGAAGUAGAAACCAGAACACAGAAAGCGAUGACAUAACAGAUGUGCUGUGAUGCCCACAGUGGUAGGGGAACUCCAGGGGAUGGAGGCCAUUUCUGGCCAGAGGAUGGGAUGGGCAAGGGUCAAGAAGGCUUCCGGGAGUAGCCGGCACAAGGGUUCAUGGUGAAGGCAAGCACUGUACUUCACGGAUGCUUCCAUUGGAGAAAGUCGCCAAAGUUGAAUUGCCCUGGAUUGAAAAUUCGGGGACCAACUGUGGCAAAAUUAAACGUCAGGUGUGUGGAGGUGAUGGGGAGCCAAAAAAUGAAAAGGGGGACACUCAGAGGUGCUUUUGGAAAAAAAUGUCUGGCAGCAGGCCCCAGGUGGAGAGAAAUGUUGAGUCCUGAGCUGUAAAAAAAGCAGUCAGGGUGGGGAAGAGGUGACAAAGUUCCAGGGCCCCACAGGGGGUUGGGCUGACUCAAUUGGGGCCUGAGUGUAUGUGGGGGACAGGGAGGAGCUGAGGGUCCCCCCUCCCUGUCUGCCCUGGAGGAUGGGGUGGGUGGUGGUGCAGUGAGGGGCAGGGAAAUCGGGAGAAGGGGCUGGUUCUGGGCAGAGGUGGGGGCACAGAUGCUGAGUUCUGCAUGGGCCGAACUGAGUCAGUGGUGCUGUGAGACCCCUGUGGGGAGACUGGGAUUGUGGGUAGCUGAGAGCUCUGAGCUCAGCAAUGGUUGUGGAAAGCAAGGGAAGAUCAGCCCAAGAUUGGGGUGCAAAGGGGAGAGGGGGCAUGGAGGAGGGACCUUGAAUAAAGGCAGCCUUUCUCUAGAGCUGCUCUAUCCCAUACAGAAGCCACUAGCCCCAUGUGGCUGUUGAACACUCAGGAUAGGGCUAGUCUGAAUUAAGAUAUGCUCAGUAUCAAGGGUAAAAAGUGCAUACCAGCUUUGGAGGGGAAAAAGAAUUGUAAAAGUAUUUCAUUCAUGUUUGUUUGUACAUUGACUCAUGUUGAAAUGCUAAUAUUUUAGAUAAGUAAACUACAGCAUAAAAAUGAA